AUGAAUGAAAUUUUCCAUAUUUUACCCACUGACUGGGAAAUGUUAUAUAUUGGACAUUGUGCUCAAGAGGAUAUUGGUGAAUUUAUAGCCGAAACAACUUCUAACUUUAAAUUAUACAAAUCUACAAGACCGCCUUGUUUACAUGCCUAUGGCAUCACAUCUUCCGGUGCUCGCAAGCUUCUAAAAGAACUUAUCAACCCAUCAGAGCCGAUUGAUGUAGAGAUAAUCCGGAAGAUUACCUCAGGGAUCAUUACUUCAUAUAGUUUGGAACCAAAAGCCAUCGUACAAUGGAAAUCUAGCGAUAAUCCAUCAGAUGUCUCUCCUGGCGACUUUCAGUGGACAUAUCCUUUAAAAAAUUCUACUUUACAUUCCCUUGGAUAUAAAGAAACAUGA